AUGGAGUUACGAACCGAAAAAGGGAUUCCAUCAAACGAUGCAAUAUCUUCGAGUCAAGAACCUCAGUCGUCCCCACAAAUUCCAGCAGUUGUUAAACCACGGCGUGGAUCCAUAUUUGUUUCAGCACUUGCAGCGGAACAACAUGGCGCAUCAACUUUAUCAACAGAUAAUGCAGGAUCGAUGAUUGUUAGAUUGGGUCGAUCUAGUACAGGUGGGGCAACUGUUGCAACUAGUACCAGUUCACCAAGUACAAAUGGAAUAACUGGAGUCUUACCAGAUUCAUCCGUUGAAGGUGUGAUUGUGACACCAUUCGCUCAAGUGCUUGUUAGUAUGCAACGAAUACGGAAUGCAUUUAUCAGGUUGACCGCUGCUCAAGUAUCAAAUAGAUAUAACAUCACAACCGUAUUUGAUUCGGUUCCAACUGGCAAUCUAGCACCAGAUAGUAGUGAUUAUAAAAUAAUCGCAAAUGAAACACUUGAAGAAUUGGAAUGGUGUCUCAAACAAUUGGAAAAUAUUCAGACAAAAAGGCCUGUCUCUGAUAUGGCUUUUUCAAAAUUUAAACGUUUACUCAACAAAGAGUUGAAUAGUUUUGGUGAAGCUGACAAGUCUAGACAUCAAAUAUCUGCCUAUAUUUGUGAAACAUUUUUAGAAACUGAAAAAGACGUUGAAACCAAUGAAGAGAUUGAUUCUAUGCUGGAAAGACGACGUAGUAGUGGUCAGUCGCACAAUUCAACCAGUGGACAAGAUACAAAUACUACAAGUAAAAGACAGUCUUCAGGAACUUGUGAUCCAAAUGCUAAUGUAACCAAUACAAGGACACCGGAUACUUCUUCUUCCCUUUCCUCAUCAGUUAUAAAGACAAGAUUAGGAUCAACUGGAAGUAUGUCAACUGAAUCUCGUAAAAGCGCUCAACUAAAUGAUUCUAGUGGUUUGUUAACAACAAAAUUGUCAUCCAGUUCAAAGUCAACGAGUCAAAAUGUAGACGAUGGUAAUGGGCCAUACCUACCAAUUCAUGGAGUUGAAACGCCCAAUGAUAAUGAGUUAGAGGAAAGAUUCUCGCAGUGUUUGGAUGAAUGGGGUUUAGACAUCUUUGAAAUUGAUCGACUUUCUAAUGGACAUGCCCUUACAACAGUUGCUUAUAGAAUAUUUCAGAAACGUGAUUUACUCAAAACAUUUUGUAUUGAUCCUCGUGUUUUUGUACGUUAUCUGUUAAGAGUUGAAUCAACUUACCAUGCUGAUGUUCCUUAUCAUAACUCAAUGCAUGCAGCCGAUGUUCUUCAAACAGCACAUUUUUUGUUACAAGCGGAAGCAUUAGACGAUGUUUUCAGUGACUUGGAAAUUUUAGCUGUUCUGUUUGCCGCAGCUAUACAUGACGUAGAUCAUCCUGGAGUAACUAAUCAAUUUCUAAUCAAUACUGGUCAUGAAUUGGCUUUACAAUAUAAUGAUGCAUCCGUUCUGGAAAAUCAUCAUCUUUAUAUGGCAUUUAAAAUUCUAACCGAAAAAGACUGUGAUAUAUUUGCUAAUUUAGGUGGAAAAAAACGUCAAACUUUACGUAGAAUGGUUAUAGAAUUGGUGUUAGCAACAGAUAUGUCUAAGCAUAUGAGUUUAUUAGCUGAUUUAAGAACAAUGGUUGAAACUAAAAAAGUUUCUGGAUCCGGUAUGUUGAAUUUGGAUAAUUAUGCUGAUCGUAUACAGAUAUUACAAAAUAUGAUUCAUUGUGCUGAUCUUAGUAAUCCAGCUAAACCACUACGAUUAUAUCGUAAAUGGACUGGACGUUUAAUUGAGGAAUUUUUCAGACAGGGGGAUAAAGAAAGAAAGUUAUCAUUGGAAAUUAGCCCAAUGUGUGAUCGUGAAUCUGUAGAAGUUGAAAAAUCUCAGGUUAGUUUCAUUGAUUUUGUGUGUCACCCAUUAUGGGAAACAUGGUGUGAUCUAGUACACCCCUGUGCUCAGUUAAUUUUAGAUACAUUAGAAGAUAAUCGUGACUGGUAUGAAUGUCAUAUAAAAGAAUCCAAAAUAAAAGUUACUCAGUUAGCUCGACCAAAAUUAGCUACUGCCGCAGAAGAUGAUGAAGAAAUUUCUACAACUUCAGGAAAUACAUAA